GGAGGAAGAGUGGAGGUAGCGACGACGGCGGCAGCUACGGAGACAGGAGCAGCAGCGAAGGCGGCGAACCGAUCGAUAGGUCUGUCGACGACGACGCUGCCGCCGCCGCUGCCACCGCCACCGCCACCACCGCUGCCACCACCGCCGCCGCCACCGUCGAAACUAGCCAUGGUGUCCAUGGCGGUCGUCGUGCGCGUUGUUGUGGCGCGGAGCGACGAAGAAGGCGCGAGUAAUAGCGAGGACGAAAGGUGGUGGUGAGAAGGUGGAGAGGAAGGAGGAGAUUUUCGCGCGCGCGGCCGAGUUAGGCUUCUCCCGGAUCCGGUGCGUCCGGUGGCCCUUUUAUUCCUUAUCGUUGUCAUCGUAGUUCGCGCUUCUAUCGAAGUUUUGUUGUCACGGAGCGCGCAGUGCACGCGUAGAAUCGCGGAGACGACGACGACGAGGUGGAGGACGUGGACGACGACAACGACAACGACGUCGACAACGACGACAACGACGACGACGACGACGACGACGACGAUGACCGCCGAGAUACGCUCGCGUGGGGCGUGGUGGUGGUGGUGGUGGUGGUGCUGCUGAGAGAGAGAGCGUGUGCGGUUAUAGCCCGCGACGGCGGUCUCCCCGCAGACGCGAAGCGCCCUGUGUAACACCGGGUGACCACUCACGGGACACACAAGGGAUAAGGUGAUGUAAAAGAAUAUCUCAGGAUCUACAAUAACAUUUGUUGGGCCAUUGCAAUAUAUAAAAAAGUCAAAACGGGUGACGAAGACAAAAAGAUGGUUUCUCUGCCUAAUGCAGAGUCUGGCACGAUGGACAGAAUUUCGGAUGACGAUGACGAGGAGCCCAGUAGUGAGUCCGAAACAUAUGAAGAAGGAGAUCUUUUGACAGCGGCUAUGGACGAUGAUGUGACAGCCCAGCUAGCAGCAGCAGGUUGGCAAAUCAAAAACGCUAAUGGACCUGUUGGAGUAGCUGCUGCCGCUGCUAUAGUUUCUGCAAAAAAAAGAAAACGACCUCAUAGUUUUGAGACUAACCCCAGUACAAGAAAAAGACAACAGAACAGGCUUUUACGAAAACUUAGACAAACAAUAGAUGAAUUUGCUACGCGAGUUGGGCAACAAGCAGUAGUAUUAGUAGCUACUCCAGGCAAGCCAAAUAGUAGCUACAAAGUUUUUGGAGCUAAACCUUUAGAGGAUGUAGUUAAAAAUUUAAGAAAUGUUAUAAUGGAGGAACUUGAAAGUGCGUUAGCACAACAAGCUCCACCUCCUGUUCAGGAUGACCCAUCUUUAUAUGAAUUACCACCACUUAUAAUAGAUGGAAUUCCAACGCCUGUAGAAAAGAUGACCCAAGCUCAACUCAGAGCAUUCAUACCAUUAAUGUUAAAGUAUUCUACAGGUAGAGGUAAACCUGGUUGGGGAAGGGAUAGUACGCGACCUCCUUGGUGGCCAAAAGAAUUACCUUGGGCAAAUGUUCGUAUGGAUGCACGUUCCGAGGAUGAAAAACAAAAGAUUUCUUGGACGCAUGCUUUAAGACAAAUAGUAAUAAAUUGUUACAAAUUUCAUGGAAGAGAAGAUCUUCUACCAGCGUUUAGUGAAGAAGAUGAUAAAUCUAACGUAUUAUUACAACAGUCAACUCCUCAUUCCUCGUCUCAUCCUUCGCACUCGUCUAAUCAGAGUCAAAGUGGACAGUCACAACAACAACAACAACAGACGGUGGGAGUUGUUCGCCUCAGCAGCACGGAUUCAUCUAAGGGAAACACUUCGCCAGCACAAAUCAUUGCCGCAUCUCCCACAGCUCUUGCCACUGCCACUCAGAUGACGACACAAUAUCCAACAGCAGUGUUGCAGACAAUAACGAAUCCUGAUGGUACAGUGUCCAUAAUUCAAGUAGAUCCAAGUAAUCCUAUCAUAACGUUACCGGAUGGUACAACAGCUCAAGUUCAAGGUGUAGCUACUAUCCACACAAGCCAAGGAGAAGUUCAAGCACUCGCAGAAGUGGCAGGUGGUGCAGAGGGUGCUAGCGUUGCUGUUGAUCUAAACAGUGUUACCGAGGCAACGUUAGGUCAAGAUGGACAAAUCAUCCUUACAGGCGAAGAUGGACACGGCUAUCCAGUAUCUGUGUCAGGAGUAAUCACUGUACCAGUGUCCGCAAGUAUGUAUCAAACUAUGGUGGCCAAUAUUCAAAGUGACGGUACUAUGCAAGUUGUAACACCAAUGGUCCAAGUACCUAAAGUUGAACCUGGAAAUGGGGAGACCAGUAUUGAAGCUGUAACUAUUCAGGGUCAUCCAAUGACAAUGAUUAAUGCAGCAGGAGAACAUCAAGUUCUUCAAGUGAUAUCAUUAAAAGACGCUAACGUUCUUACCAAAGCUAUGCAAGCAGAAGUAGUGAAAGACGAAGAUAGUCAACAACAACAAACCGUGUCUAGUCCGGAAUAAAACAACAUUGUGUAUAAUUAAUUAAUAAACGAGCUCUAUUAAAUCUAUUAAGAUUAAUCGGCGUGUAAUAAUGAGAGU